AAUGCUAUUGAGGUGGUAUUCCGUAUAUCCUAUAUCUACCUAUUCAAUGUUUUAAUGUAUCAUAUUAUCCGUCACAUUGCUCUUGAACUUGAUUUUGUCGUAGUAAAACUGUGUCCGGCGUUAUUUAUUAGUUCUUUAUUUUAAAUAUUCUUUCCUCAUUUUACGGUGUACACGUUUGUUCAUAUUGUAUUAUUAUCUCAGAAGAAAAGAAAAUGACCGAAGCUGUGGUGAGUGGAAAAGAUACCCGUUGUUUAUUCAUUAAUAACGGAGAUGAUUUGUUGACUUUAAAAAAAGUUGUAUCUAAAAAAACUGACAAAGACGAUGACAAACAAAAACUUAAUAAAUCUGUGGAAACCAAUGGCAGUGAAUUAAAUGGAAACCACAAUAAAACUGAUAGUAUAAAUUUUGAUGUCGAUAAUACAUCAUCAUUAGAACCAAAUUUAGAAAUGGAUAGUGAUACAGAUCGUAAUAUUACUAUCGGUUCAAUUUGUACCCAAGAAGAUCGAGAAUCAGAAACUAUUGAUAUUUCUAAUGAAAAUUCAAAUGAAGCCGAUGCAAAAAAUGGUGAAAAAGAUAUUCAAGUGAAUUCUAUCAAAAGUCUAGAUAUUCCAUAUUCUCCAAGUGAUUCUUUAUAUGAUAAUGAUUCACAGGAUUUGGAAGAUGUUGAUUUAGAAUUAGAUAAUAUUGAGUCACCUGCCCCUUACUUCAAUAUAUCAGCAAGGGCACCAUUACAUUCUUUUAAGGAUUUAGAUACUACAUUUGAGGAUGAUAUUUUAUUACUAGAAAAAGAAGUAUCAAAUAAUGAACGGAAAAGAAAAAUUGAAGAUUUGGAAGAGCAAGAACAGAAGUCUACUAAAAUAAUUAAAUUGUGGAACUUGAUGAAAUAUCCUUUUCAAAAAAUAACAUAUGGUACUUCAAUAAGUGAAGAUAAAUCAAAUAUUUCUACAGCCGAGAUCGUAGUUGAAAAAGAGAAUUCAAUAGAACCCGAGAUGACUGUUUGUGAAAAUAACAGUGAUGAUGCAAAAAUUGAAGAAAAUAACACACAAAAUAACUUUGAGGCAGGUGAAGAAACUGAGGAAACUUCAACAAAUGUGAAUACACAAAAAUUUUGUUACAUAAUGUAACAAUAGCAGAAGAUAUAAAUUAAUUAUUGUAAUAUUCUUGUUUUAAAGAAGUCUAUGUUCAUAUUAAUCAAAUAYCAUGUUGAAUAUUUUGGUUUUAUUGUCCCAAUUGGUCAAGUAAAACAUGUCCUCCCCUUUUCAYCCUAAAUUUGAUUGUUUUUAAUUUUAUUUCUUGAACCAUUAAAUUAAAGAUGACUUUUUAAGUGUUUAAAAUAACUAU